GCUUUCUCCGAUUUCACCUUCUGUCCGUGAUUUUGUCUUCAGACCCGAAUUGUCUACACACCUCGACACCUCACCAUGUCGACCUUCUCCUCCCCCCGACCCUCAAUUGCAUCCUCCCGCGCCCACUCCCCAACCCCAACAUCCUCCCACCGACCCUCCCUCGACACCCUAAACACCAACAUCGGCCCCGGACUCAGCGCCUCCUCCACUCCCUCAACCGCACGAGCAGUCUCCCCCUCUCUCCACCCCCGACGCAACCGCGCCGCCCUCCGAGAUUACUACAACCUGAAGCCCUCCGCCGCCGACCCCACCGGCGGACGACGUUCCCGCAGCGUCCCCCGACACACCGACGCAGGCGACAUUUCCAGCCCGUCAAUCGUAUCAACCGGCACCGAGCUAGAUAGUCCGGACUUCGAUCCCCACCGCUAUGUCAACCAUCUCCUCGCCACGUCGUCGUUGUCGACGGUCCUGAAAGCGGAAAAUACACUCGUUGGGGAUAUUCGUACGCUGGAUAGUGAACGCAAGGCGCUCGUUUACGAUAAUUACUCGAAGUUGAUUGCGGCGGUGGAGACGAUUGGGAAAAUGCGUCGCACGAUGGAUGAUCGCGGUGCGCCGUUGACUAUGACCAAGACGCUGGGGCCCGCGAUUGCGUUUGUGGCGGAGACGGCGGGGAGUUUGAUCCAGGAGGGCGAGGAACAGCAGCGGCGGAUGAAGGAGGCGAAGGCGAAUGAUGGGUCGGAGCGCAGGAGGUCGGAGAAGCAGACGGUGCAGUGGGUGCUGGCUGCUCGUGGGAGGCUGGAGAAGCUGCUUGAGGAGGGGAAGAGGGUGGAGGCGGAGAAGGACUGGGAAGAGGUCCGGAAGCUGUUGGAUAAGUGGGAGGGCGUUAAAGGGGUUGCGGAGCUUAGGGAGGCAUGUGAGAAGGUUAUGGAAAGUGAGGAUGAAGCUUCUUGAGAGCUGAUCUUGAGUUCUUUUCCUCAACUAAACCCGGGAGACUGCCAGAGCCCUUCCAAGGACCCACGUCACGAUAUAUGAGGACUGGCCGUGGAGGUGCUU